CUAAAUGUAUCGAAUGGCGGAUUGUCUGAGGAGAAAUGCCUGAUUUAAACUUGCCAGUGCGCGCUAGAAUUGUCAAGGGGGACUCUUGCGUCUGUAACAGUUUGUAAAAUAUUCUCUUUAAAUGUCGCGGACCCAUCCAGGAUCUUAGCAGUAUCCUCACAGAACGCUCGCCAAUGUAAUAUUCAAAGUCAAUUUGUUAUGGAAGGACGUCUAUGUCACCAUGUUUCCCUUACGAAUGGGCUUACAUCAGGUGAGCGGGGAUAUAAAUAGCUCGGGAUUAUUAGCUGGCUAAGAAAUUCAAUAGCAGGUGAAGAGUGUGUAUUUGAUCCAGGCGACGUAACUCAAAGAAGGUAAAGAGUCGUGCUAAUGGACCGCAUAUAAACCGGGACUGCACCACGCGCACCCACAGAAGGUCGUCGCUCGCAUCUGGUGUACAGCGAGGCCCAACAUACAGCGAAGCCGGUUCAGAAUGGAAGUCACCGAGGUUCUGUCCAUUGCUGACAUCUCCAGCGCGCUGAAGGAGUGUCAAGCCAAAGAGUCCUUUAACUGCAAAAAGUUCUUCCGCACCUGUGGCCUGUCGAAAAAAACCGCCGAAGAAAUCAGGAAAGUUUUCCGGGCCAUUGACGACGACAACAGUGGUUUUAUCGAAGAAGAUGAAUUAAAAUACUUCCUGCAACGGUUCUCCGCCGGGGCAAGAGUCCUAAGUGACAAUGAGACCAAAAUUUUUAUGGCUGGAGGUGACAAAGACGGAGAUGGGAAGCUUGGCGCUGAUGAAUUUGUUGACCUGGUAAUGUCAUAGAUCCCCCGCCACCCAGGAAGGCGUUGCUUCUGGCAUUUGAGGGCAAGGGUACAUUAAAUACAAAGCAACUGUUUUCACGACUACAGCAUGAACAACACUUUUCUGUUGUGAUGAAGGGAUUGUAGAAGCACUCAGAGAUUCAGAGGUAGCCCACGAUUUGAGUAAUGUGUGCUCUAUAA